AUGGAACGUCCCUCCUCAAGCUCAGACACAGCCUCUAUCCUCUCAGGGUCAACCGUCUUCUCCAAAGAAGCCCAAAUCUCAGUCUCAGACUCACCGACAAAAGCCGAGAUAGACACCCUGACGAGCGACGCUUCAAAGCAGCAACGCAAGAGCAUGCGGCAGCGAGUCCGCAACGUCGUCGCUGAUCUCGGACGUCCACCGACUACAAGAGAUGAUUUGAAGAGCGGCAAUGCGACACAAAAGCAUGUCGAUAUUGGGCCUGCUUCUGGUACCGUUCUGAUGGGCUCGACGACUGUUUGA